AUGAUGUCUCCAAAUAGUGCUCAGAAUAGUGGUGACCAGAGCAUAUGCCUAUUAGAUCUUACUUUUAUGAAGCAGAAGAGUUUAUGUGAAGCGCCAAGUUUCGUGGAGUUGGCUAUAAACGGAAUAUUGGACCAAGAUACAUUCUUAGCCAAGCGGGUAGUAAAAUUUAAUGAAUCGCCCAUAGGUCCGGAGACUGUGCGGAACAGCUCAUCAGAUGUAACUCCAAAGUCUAUCCUAAGAAUAAAACAGCCAGAAUCCAGUCAAUCACAGGAUGAUGAUUCCAAAGACAAAGUGCUACUGCUUCUUCGGCGGUGCUUCAACCUUUGUAACCUAGAUAUAGAGGGGAUAGAACAACGCCCAUUAGUUGAAAAUCUAGAGUCGAUUAGUUACGGAAUCCUAGCGACCUUCAGGUUCCAUGAAUGCUGUUAUAAAUAUGCACAUGAAUUGGAAACUACAGUAAAGGCUCGGCAGGAGCGAUCUCCAGAGAAGGCAGAUCGAGAUUCAUCGCGUUCAAGAAACGGAUUACAACAAGAAGUCGUCACAUGGAAACUCGAAGCCGAGGAAUUGGGUAUAAAGAAUAGUGUAUUGAUGGGAGAAAAUGGAAAGCUUGUGAGCGAGAUGACGUCCUUACGCCAAACAAUAAGGAACAUGAAUGACGAAAUAGAUAACUUCAAGUUCCAAUUAAAUGACAAGGACACGCAACUUCAGAAACUUAAAGACAAGAUAAAGGACAAUAAUUCUGAAAGACAAACCCAAAUUGAUAGGUUCCAAAACCUUACUCAGCAACUUGAAAAAGUGAUAUCCCAAAGGGCUUCGACUAUUUCUCAUCUAAAGGAAAAUAGGCAGACUUUAAGAAAGCAAUUAGCAAAGAGCACCGAACUAACUAUUAAUCUAAAGGGUGAAAAUACACGGCUAGUAUCGCACUUUGACACUCUUGUAAACAUGUUCAAUGAAGCUGAGAACAAUCCUAAUAAUAAUUUUUCUUUCCGAUAUCCACAGCAUCUGAAAUUAAAAUACAAUAUUGACAGUAACACCCCAAGUCGCGAAUACCGACCAGUGCAAUUAAGCCCUAACAAGAGUUCUCGCAAAUAUAAUAGCUCUAAUAAAUUAACCAGUGCAUUUAUUUAG